AGACAACCGAGCUGGAAGACCUCCUGGUGAUCACUCCGCUAACAGUCACAGCUAAGGCUGGGGAGCCUGUGUGCAGACCUUAUGGAACAAUAUAACUGUCAUAGUUCUCAAAGGAGGGAGACAUCAACUUAGGAGACAUUUUCUCCUUUCACCAAAACCCAGUCAGUGUGAACCCAACUCUGCAGGUCAACCCAGGAAACAACCAGUGUGAAGGGCUGGACCCAGGUGAGCUCCAAAGAUCAGAACAUGAUCUUUGCCAUAGUGGAGAUCAAUAACAGCUCUGAGCUGCUGCCAGGGUUGUCUCUGGCCUGCAGGAUCCUUUUAACUCGUGCCUCACCCUCUGUGCGGGCYUCCCUGGCUCUGAUAAACGUGAGGAGGGGUCACAGAGCUGAACCAAGCCCGACCACCGUACACYCUGUCAUAGGGGAGAGCACCACCUCCACUAUAGGCAUGGCACGCACCAUGGAGCCCUUCCACAUACCAGUGCUCAGUCAUUCAGCCAGCUGUGCUUGUVUGAGUAACAGAAGGCAAUACCCUUCAUACUUAAGAACCACUUCUAGUGACCUCUACAUGAGCAGAGCCGUGGCCCAGCUGGUCAAACACUUUGGCUGGACUUGGGUGGGGGCCAUCAGAACCAACAGUGACUAUGGUAACAAAGCCAAAAAAUUACACCUUUAGCCUGAAACUCUGUGGCUGUCACACCCUGAUCUGUUUCACC